AUGUCGUGGGCAACCUCCGCCCCGGGCAUGGCUAUUAGCCGUGCCCCUAAGGACGCGAGUGCAGAGGAGGCCGCUGAAGAUCAGCCACAGCGAAGACAAAAGGUUGUGGUUGUGGGCUUAGGCAUGGUCGGAAUAGCGUUCAUAGAAAAGCUGCUCAAGCUCGAUGCGAAGCGAAGAGAAUACGACGUCGUCGUGAUAGGAGAAGAGUCGCAUCUGGCAUAUAACAGAGUGGGCUUGACAAGCUUUUUUCAGCACAGGAAGGAGGAGAAUCUUUAUUUGAACGGGAAAAACUGGUAUGGUUCUCACCCAGAAGGUGCUUUGAACUAUCACCUCAACACCAAAGUCACGGAAAUCAAGCCUCAGGAAAAGGUGGUGAUCACGUCAGCUGGUGACACUGUCUCCUAUGACAUCUUGGUCCUUGCAACCGGCUCUGACGCACUGCUGCCUCGUCAUACCCCCGGGUACGAUGCUAAAGGCGUCUUUGUCUAUCGAAACAUCGAGGACCUCCAGAAGCUUAUCACAUUCGCCGCCACCGUCAAAGGCACGACUGGGGCUGUGGUUGGUGGUGGCCUUUUAGGUCUCGAAGCCGCCAAAGCCAUGAUGGACCUCGAGGACUUCAAGCACGUGAAGCUUAUUGAGAGAAACAGGUGGGUAUUAUCCAGACAACUCGAUGGCGAAGCUGGUGGCCUGGUCGUAGAGCUUGUCAGAGCACUCGGCCUCGACGUCAUGCUCAGCAAGCGAGUGGGCAAGAUCGAAGUAGAUGAAAACAACGCUGUCAAGGGAGUGGUUUUCGAGGAUGGCGAACAGAUGGACUGUACUUGUCUGAUGUUUGCUAUUGGAAUCAGGGCCAGAGAUGAGUUGGCAAGAGCGGCUGGUCUCAGCUGUGCCGACCGUGGUGGUGGUAUCGCCGUCGAUGAUGAUCUACGAACGAGUGAUCCCAACAUCUAUGCCAUUGGUGAAUGCAGUAGCUGGCAGAAACAGACUUUCGGUCUGAUUGCGCCAGGUAUUGAGCAGGCAGAUGUGCUCGCAUUCAACCUCACACAAGCCAAAGCACACUCACCAAGAAAGUUCAAGCAGCCAGACCUAAGCACGAAACUGAAAUUGCUCGGUGUUGAGGUUGCAAGCUUCGGCGACUUCUUCGCUGACAGAGACGGUCCCAAAGAUCUUCCUCGAAGACACGCUAAGAAGGAGGAAAACAACAAUGCAGAAGGUAGGCGGCAAAGCAAAGUUCAAGCCCUUACUGACGGGCCAUUGCCUCCAGCUGUCAAAGCUCUUACAUACAAAGACCCCUUUAAAGCAGUUUACAAGAAAUAUCUGUUCACACCUGAUGGCAAAUACCUUUUGGGUGGUAUGAUGAUUGGGGACACCAAAGACUAUGUCAAGCUAGUCCCCAUGGUCAAGAACAAAAAAGUCCUCGACGUUGCACCGUCUGAGUUCAUCAUUGGAGCAUCGAAAGAUGGCGAAGACAAUGGAGAUGACCUAGAUGAUGACACUCAAAUAUGUUCCUGCCACAAUGUCACAAAAGGAGAUGUAGCAGGUGUUGUCAAAGACGGUUCAUGCAAAUCCAUCGGCGACGUAAAGUCAUGCACGAAGGCAGGCACAGGUUGUGGCGGUUGCAUGCCUCUGGUACAAUCUAUCUUCAACAAGACAAUGAAGGAUAUGGGUCAGGAAGUCUUCAACCACAUAUGUCCUCACUUCAAAUAUUCGCGGGCUGACCUGUACAAUAUUAUCUACGUCAAGAAGCUGCAGACCUUUGCCGACAUUAUGAAAGAUUCAGGUUCUGAUCCAGACAGCAUGGGAUGUGAAGUAUGCAAACCAGCCAUUGGAUCUAUCUUGUCAAGCAUGUUCAAUAAACAUCUCCUGGAGAAACCAAUAAACGGUCUGCAGGACACGAACGACAAAUACCUGGGCAAUAUCCAGCGAAAUGGAACCUUUUCUGUAAUUCCACGAGUUGCUGGCGGUGAAAUAACACCAGAGAAACUCAUUAUCAUUGGUCAAGUGGCCAAAAAAUAUGGAUUGUACACCAAGAUCACUGGUGGCCAACGUAUCGACAUGUUUGGUGCGAAAAAGCAUCAACUGCUUGACAUCUGGGGAGAGCUCGUCGCUGGAGGUAUGGAGUCGGGCCACGCCUAUGCCAAGUCAUUAAGAACCGUCAAGUCAUGUGUUGGCACAACCUGGUGCAGGUUUGGAAUUGGCGACUCCGUGGGCAUGGCUGUCCGACUCGAAGAGCGGUACAAGUCAAUUCGAGGUCCUCACAAAUUCAAGGGUGGUGUUUCUGGUUGUGUUCGGGAAUGUGCAGAAGCCCAAAACAAGGACUUCGGCCUGAUCGCCUCUGAAAAGGGUUUCAAUAUUUUCGUUGGCGGUAAUGGUGGUGCAACACCAAGACAUUCAGAGAUACUCGCCAAAGAUGUGCCUCCUGAUGAUGUCAUCCCAAUCCUGGACAGAUACUUGAUGUUUUACAUUCGAACAGCAGAUAAGUUGCAACGAACUGCCAGAUGGCUAGAGAACCUUCCGGGCGGCAUCAAAUACUUACAACAGGUUGUUCUUGAGGACAAGCUUGGUAUUUGUGCAGAGCUUGAGAAGCAGAUGCAAGAGCUCGUCGGCACAUUCUACUGCGAAUGGACAGAAGCCAUCAACGAUCCGGAGAAGCGCAAGCAUUUCGAGCAAUUUGCAAACACGAAAGAGACCCGAGAUCCAGCGGUCGAGAAGAUCGAGGAACGAGAUCAGCCUCGACCAUCAUACUGGCCUAAGCCAUCCGUGCAUGAUGACUUCAAAGGCACAAGAUGGACUGGAUUGUCGUGGCAACCUAUCGUGGAGGCCAAGCAAUUUGCCGAUGUGCCAACCGGCUCGUCAAAGACUGUCCUUCGUGGUGACACUCAGCUUGCUAUCUUCAAGCUCAAGGGCAAAUUCUACGCAUCGCAGCAGAUGUGUCCUCACAGACGCACAUUCGGGUUGUCUGACGGUCUCAUCGGCGAGUCCACAGGUGAAGAUUGUGGCAAAGACCGUAAGCUCUGGGUAUCUUGUCCAUAUCACAAACGAAACUUCCAGCUCAAUGGCGAAGUCGACUUCGAAGCGAAGGACAAAGGCGCCGGUUCAUGCAGCAACGACAACAGCAUGUCCAUCGCCACGUUCGCAGCGGAAGAACGUGACGAUGGCUGGGUCUACCUAAAGCUACCUCCUGUCCUUGAAUUGGAUAAUGUCCUGGGCACGAACAGAUGGGCCAUCAAAGCUGACGAAAGUGCUGAUCCUUUCGAGAGCUUAGAUCAGAAACUGGGCUUGAAAAAGGGAUUGAGAGGACGAAAGCCGGGCGGUCAAAAUAUCGGUGCUAUGCCAGGGACUGGGAACGUGGAUGCUAGUGCGCAUAGACAAGCAGUCAAGGUUGCCGCUGCACCGAGGCUUGAUUGGUAG